CCUGCCUGGCCAACCUUGCAACAAGAUCAAGCGGGCUGUCGAAGCCGGCAGUGAAGUCAAGCGCUCUGCCGAUGCCUUUGCGGAGGCUAUGGCAGAUAUCGAUGAGUCCGACUUCCAGUAGACUGGGUCACUGCCUCCAACAAGCCCAUGCCUCUCUUUCUCGCCCGUCGCCAGUCUUGUAGGACUCAAGCAAUCAGAAUCGGGCUUCGUUAUCUUCUUCUUGCUACAUAUUAUUUCAUCAUGUUACUUUUGAACUACGUCAUAUUCUCUCCCGAAACUGUUAUACUGUCGCUGGGGAGGGCUUGGCUUGAAAUCCAGAAAAAAGAAAUCCAAAACUUCUACAAAUGGUCAUACUAUAACUCGGCCGAAUCGAAGACCGGCAAACCAAGUGCUGCGUACUGUCUAGUCACUCUUUGCCGCAAUAUAUCUACCGCACCGACUCCUUUGGAUGCUGGCAGCUAAAACUACCUCUUUGAGCCCUUUCCCUUCGGUUCAGACCUUGAUUGAAUACCUAUAGUGGCCCUCGAAUGGGUGAGGUGCUCAAACUUGGGGAGGAAGAAGGAAGAGAUGGUGAAC